AUGGCCAGCAGCACGAUUCCUUUACCUAACGAUCCAGCGAAUAUGCAACUAGUUACGGAACUUGAAUUAGAAAUGAUGACUGAUAUGUACAGGAAGAUGUCCGAUUCAUGCCAAAAGAAAUGUAUAUCCAGUCGUUAUAAGGAAGGCGAGCUCAACAAGGGUGAAGCCGUCUGUAUCGACCGAUGUGUCUCGAAGUAUUUGGACGUGCAUGAAAAACUCGGUAAGAAAUUGACGCAAAUGUCAGCUCAGGAUGAACAGUUGCUCCAGAAGAUGCAGCAGUGA